AUGCGAUAUGGGAGCCUCCUACUAACGCGGAUGGGGGGAGGAGGAGGUGCGGGGGGUGGGGGAGGAGGUGGAGGAGGAGGAGAGGGAGGGGAGAGUGGUCUAGGGGAGCUCAGUAUAGAAGAGUUUGCAGCUAUGGAGGAGGAUGCAGGAGGUGCGGAGGAUGCCGGACCUCCGGAUGAGGUUCGGCAGGCACAGCAGCAGCUGGAUCGGUGCUUCAGACUGGUUGAAACGGCUGUGGGCUUACUAACGAGAGCUGGAGAAAAGGCUGAAGGGGGGGAGGCUGUAUCAGCUGAAAGGCAGACCAACGGGGUGUCUCUAGGGCAUCUCUCUGAAAGGCAGCUCUCUGUAAAGGAGCUAUCUGUAAGGGAGCAAUCUGAGAGGCUCAGGCUAUGUACAGAGCUGGUGGAUGGAGCAUUGAAGGACGUCCUAGUGUUUCUGCAGCUGGCCCAGCAGCGGGAGUGGUGGUGUGGGGAGGCGGUGGUGGCGUGUGUGCGCGUGGCGGGGGCGUGCCUGGCUGCUGCGCCCUCGGCUCACAGGAAGAGAGCUGGGCGGCUGCUGGGGUUCCUGCUAGCAGUCACAGGCGCGCAGGAGGAGAGGCAGAGGGCCGGGCGGCUGCUGGGGUUCCUGCUAGCAGUCACAGGCGCGCAGGAGGAGAGAGGGCUGGGCGGCUGCUGGGGUUCCUUCUGGGAGUCACAGGCGCGCAAGAGGAAAGGUGAGCACAGGGCAAGGGAGAGGCUUGAACGGGGGUUUGGAGGAGGUUUAGGAGGGAAGGUGGGGGAGCCAUUCCUCCUAGCUGUAUGUUACCUGUUGUCUGCACUGUUGUCAAUCCUCUGUGCCUGUGGUACCACUCCUUACAUUUUCUUACCUCUCCGUACCACUCCUUACCUUACCACUCUAUACCUUCUUUCCUCCCCUUGUCGCACCUCCUCCAGGCCACUCCUAGCUGUGCAGUACAUGCUGCCUGCGUUGGUGCACAUCACCAGUGAGCCACGUGGCUGCACAUCAUUGGUCAAGAGAGGAGGCCACAUCCACCUCAUAGACUACAUGGUGGAAACAGCGCGCACCAACAUGCACCACCAGCUGCGGUCGGGACCCGAGGGGCAGACAAGCCUCAUGCAGGCUGCUGACGUCAUCCUCAACAUCCUUGCAUGUCGGAAGCAAAUGCGAGUGCCCUUGGAUCCACACGACUUUGUGUCGCUGCUGCCUGCCAUGGCUGGAUGGAGCAGCGUCAAAGGCAACGACCCCCGCACCACAUACAAGACCCUGGCGCUAGCAGCAUGCGUAAACGCGUCGAUUCUCGAGCUCUCGUGUGAGGAUGUGGUGAAGAAGCGACUAGACCUGGCGACCUACAAGAAGCUGCCCAACUCGUUUGGUGUCAUCGUCAAGUUUCUGGAGUUCGGCCACCGGAAUAGCGGAUCAUUCAGUAGCGAGACGGAAAUCAAGGAACUCUGGGACAUCACUGUUGCAUCAUGCACGGAGUGCCUGCCCCUGUGGCCCCAGCUGAAGCCAACUGCUGUACUGUUCAUGCUCCCUUCACAUCCUGCCCCUGUUCACCAUCCGUUCCCCCACUCACUCGUCCCUAUCCCCCUCAAUACACCAGCAUGCACGGAGUGCCUGCCACUGUGGCCCAGCUGA